AAGAACCAAUUCGUCGACUCUGACUCAAAUUCAGAACAAGAUCGUUUCAGCUCUUCAGAAAAAGAGAAUGAUUUAUCCGAUUCAUCUCAGAGACAGCAGAAUAUGAUUGAUAAUAAUGAUUCACGAGCAUUAAACAGUGAAGAUUAUUCGAACGAACCUUCAACUAGUUCUUCGUUCAACUCUAUAGAUCCUGAUCAGGAAUCCCAUCCAGAUCAUCGACCUGAAACUGGUGCUCCACUGAUUUCACUUGAAUAUAUUGGUUUUGUGGAAGAUUAUUUACGCCAUAUUAAAUGGUUCUACGAAUCACAGCAGAGAAAUGGAGCGCCGAAUAAUUCUUCUGUCAAUCGACUCAGUCAGGUUAUUGAUGAUGAAAUAAUAUUUAUAUCUACAUAUAAAUCCGCAAAAACUAUAGUAGUUGAGCUCAAAGAGCGUCAGGCAAAAUGAAUACAUUGAUAUAAAAAUUUGUUGAUUUUUA